AUGGAUUUUACAAAGCCGGAAACUGUGUUGAAUUUGCAAAACAUCAGAGAUGAGUUAGUCAAAAUGGAAGAUUCUAUUAUCUUCAAAUUCAUUGAAAGGUCACAUUUUCCAACUUGUCCCGGUGUCUAUCUAACUAAAAAUCCGGAUCUUUCCAUUGAAAAUUUCGAUGGCUCUUUCUUAGAUUGGGCUCUAUUACAUUUAGAAAUUACACAUUCUCAAUUGAGAAGGUUCGAAUCGCCUGAUGAAACGCCAUUUUUCCCUGAUCAUCUUUUAAGGCCAAUCUUACCAAGUAUUUCCUAUCCACAAGUGCUUGCGUCAUAUGCUCCUCAGGUCAAUUAUAAUGAAAAAAUAAAAGCAACGUAUAUAAAACAAAUGGUGCCUCUACUUUCAAAAUAUGAUGGCGAACAGAAUGAAAAUUACGGUUCCGUGGCCACUAGAGAUAUCGAAUGCUUACAGAGUUUAAGUAGAAGAAUCCAUUUUGGUAAAUUUGUAGCUGAAGCCAAAUUCCAAAAUGAUAAAGAGCUAUACACAAAAUUAAUUAAAUCCAAGGACAUUGAUGGUAUAAUGAAAAAUAUAACUAAUUCUGCCGUUGAAGAAAAAAUUUUGGAAAGAUUGGUCAAAAAGGCUGAGGUUUACGGUGUAGAUCCAACUAACAAAGAAGGCGAAAGGAGAAUUACGCCAGAUUAUUUAGUUAAAAUUUACAAAGAGUUUGUCAUUCCAAUGACAAAAGAAGUUGAAGUUGAAUAUUUAUUGAGAAGAUUGACAGAUGACAACUAA